AUGAUAAAUGUUAUCUGUAGUAUUUGUCUUCAAGAAGUAACUGAGCCAAUAGCUUUAGAAUGCGGACAUGUAUUUGACAAAGAAUGCUUACAAUCAUGGUCCCAUUUCUCAUUUUCCAGACGAGUAUGUCCUCUUUGUAGACGUUCAUAUGUAAAUCAGCAUCGUCUUUAUUUAACUACAGACGAUCCAUUUGAGAUACAACACAUCAAGGAACUCACAGAUCAAAUCCAAACGUUGAAAACAAAUUUGAGCUCAACUCAAGAUAAACUUGAGGGACACCAGUUAGAGAUGAAAAGGCUUUCAUUGGAUAAUGAAGAGAAAAGGAAAGAAAUUUGGAUUCUUAGUGACUUGGUCCAACAUUAUACGAACCUAUUAAAGGCGCACGAAGAUGUUGAAAGGGAGCGUGUUGAGAUGAAGAGUAUCAUGAUGAGCCUUCAACAUGAAUUGGUAACAUUAAGAAAAGUUGUCUGUGAGAAAAAGGAUAUUGAAAGCAAGCUGAAGGAGAGUAUUGAUGAGAUUAUAAGGGAAAGAAGUGAUCUUCGAGUGAAAUAUGAGACUGUUUACGCCGAGAUUAGUAAUAAUAAAGAACCCUCUAUCAAUUAUUUACAAAAGCAUCUUUUACAGACUUUCAAGGAUUUGGAUACAUAUUAUCAAUCAUUAGAAAGUCAGUUUAAAGUCGUCAAUAUAAGAAGAAGCCUUGUUUAUGGAAAAAUAAAGAAAUUUAACAAAUUAAUGGGACAAAUCAAGAGAGGUUAA